AUGGCCACUGCUCAGGGUAAAACAUGGGAUCAGGUUCUCGGUCUAUCUGGCGACUUCAACAACAUGAUCUUCGAUGGAGGUUUCGAAUACCACGGCCCCAAGAGUAUCGGCAAGUCUCUAUCGUUCACGCAGUGGUUCUUUCUGGCGUCGCUCAUUGGACUCGGUCAUGAACUUGCUGGCGCAUCAAAACUCUUCUACUACGUCGGUAGCACACUUGGCAUCACAGCUGAUGGCCAUCCCCUCAAUGUUCGAAUGCCCGUCGCUUCACUAUUUCGUCUUGACAGAGAUCGUCGAUCAUCUCAGGCAAUUCCAUGGGCUCGUAUGAGCCGGUUCCUACGGGGCAAUGGAAAUUGCAAUGUUCCCAUCAUUGGACUUGAGCUAUCGUGUGGUGAAUUGCCUUACGAAGACUCUACGGACACAAUUCACAAACUCGCGGCGAUGCGACUGGACGCAUGUGCACAUUCGAUUAUGAUAAAAGCGAUUUUUGACACGGUCUCUAACCUUACAAGCAAGGCGAACAAAUAUGUCGAGGGUCGUUCGACUAAGAAGUCUUUUGAUAUAGACAAGGAGUUCAUCACGGCCGUUGAGUCCUUGAUCAAGACGUUCGACAGCGUUGCCAAUCAAGCGUUGGAGUGGGCGGGAGAUUAUGACAGGAUCUACCAAAAGAAAUAUAUGAGCGAUGAACCCGAUCUUACGAAUCAUGCUUUCGAACUGCGGAAAGCAGCGCCUUCAAACAUCAUUAGACUCGACGUCUCAUACCAAUUCGCCGUGGAUUCUCUCCAUGCUGAGACCGCGGCUUAUGAUGGUAUUCGCUUUGGAGGCUUUGGUCACAGCAAGAAGUCAAUCUUUCUAGACGACGAAGAAGUUAUCACGGAUGCGUCAUGGAGCACGGGAGUUUUAGCUCACAAUGUUACCAAGAAAGUCAUAUUCAACUUGGUCAUCAACACGACAGAAAGAAAGCUAGGGCCUUUUGGUACUGGGGGUGAUGAGAUUAAAGAAACUGGAGAGAAGCAAACCUUUCAAGUUCCCGAGAAGAUGAAAGUGUAUGGUCUUGUUGACGCGGCUGGGAAAUACAUCGAGCAUCGAGGGGACGUUAUCAUGGAGAGUGGGAGGUUCAUCUCGGACCUUAAGUUCAUUGUUGGCCCUGCAGAAUAG